GCGCGCAGCGAAGCAAUAAAAAUCAUAAAUUAAUAAAAUAGGGAAUAUUCUGAUUAGGAGCCGUUUAAGGAGUGUUGUGUGGUUGACGCGGCCAAACAAUUAAUAAUAAUAAUACUAACUAAUUCAUGUGAGAUGGCGGUCGAAAUAACAAAUUCAAUAUUAUCGCUACAGCCAGCAGUUGAGGCUGAACCGUUGGCGCCGCAAUCGUUCCAUUGGCAGCUCGAGGAUUACGCAUACUUUCACAAGUGCGGAGAGAUAACCACAUCGCCGGACGUACAAUGUUUUGGUUUCAAUUGCGCCUUCUGCCCGGCCAUUUGCCUACAAUUUUCGGUUUUCAUAGAUCACAUACGCGGCCAUCACAUGCAGGAACUGCGCCGGCGCUACGAGGGAGCCGAUACGAAAAUUGAACAAACAACGCAAACCGAUUUAAAUCUAAUGAUAAUGGAUAUGCAUCUCGAAGGUGAGCCAACGACAACAACAGCAGCAGCAACAACAACAACAACGACGUCGACGACGGCGCUGAAUACAACACCUACUCCAAUGGCCACAAAACGCACAAAGAACCCGCCCAAUUGGAAUGAGGCGCAGGCUACAAUGGGGCUGCUAGACAUGGACAUGGGCCUAGACCUGGUUAACAUUGCGCAGGCAUCAGCGCUGCCUGCACAGGCGCUGCCAAAGACAAGCAACAACAAUGCUGCGCUAUUGCAGCUAAACAACACGGCAGCAGCAGCAACAACAACACCUGCCGAAAUGGACUUCGUUUACGUUAUGGAAAAUCCAUUGCCACCCUCGCCACCGCCAUCGGCUGACAUUUCGCGAUGCGAGCAGAACGCCCGACUGCACUCGAUAGAUCCAUUUGAAAUAUUGCAUGAGGUCUGUUCUUCAACAGUCGCACACACACAGGCACACACACAGACGCACACGCACACGCAUGCAAAUGCAGGCACACACACACAAGCGAACGCGAGCACGUACGAGGCGGAGUCCAGUGGCGCUGUCAGUGUAGUCGCCCAUCCCCGUUAUGAGACACGGCGCGUGGCAAUGCAGCGCAAGCUGCGCGACGCGGAAAAGCAAACCGCAACAGCAGCUGUAGAGCAACAACAGCAACAGCCGCAACAACAACAGCUGCAGCAGUUGCAAUUACAACUACAACAACAGUGCCAGCAUAUGGAGCAGAAUGUGCUGGAACUAACGCCGCCAGCCACGCCCCCAACGCCAAUGCCGCCCAACUCGCCCACCAGCAGCGUGGCCAGCAGCGUAGACUUGAAGCUGCGCACGCGUCGCGAACUUGAACGCAAUCGCGAAUUUGUCUGCUCUCUGCUGGUGGCCUAUGAGCGCAGCGAAAAGCUUUGGAAUCCCAAACAUCCAGACUACAAAUACAAUGCCAAGCGCAGCGUCUACAACGAAUUGGCCGCGCCCUUGCAGGCCGUCUUUCAGAUACCGUUAACCGGCGCCGAAGUCUUCGCCGUGCUUAAGGAGCUGCGCGGCCGCUAUCGCCGCGAGCUCAGCAAACUGAACGCAUUGGGCGGCAAAUACAAGUCGCGUCUGUGGUACUUUGAGAAGAUGCACUUCCUGCGCGGCGUCAUUGAAGCCAAGCGAGCCGAGCGGGAGGCAAAGAGCGAAUCAGCGGAGAGUGAAAAGUCAAGUGAAACAGAUAGCGAAUCGACCACAAAGUCAGCGCAAUAUCGUGAAGUGCUGAGCUGUUUGAUAGAUGGCUUCAGACGCCAGGAGAGUCUGUGGAAUCCGCAACACUUUGACUACAAUAACUGCUGCAAGAAGGAGCUAUACCGGGAGAUAUCAGCUGAGCUCUUGGAGGAGCUCAACUACGAGAUGAGCGGCGAGGACUGCUUCAAGGAGUUGCAGAAGCUGCGCACGCGCUAUCGCAAGGAACUGCGCAUGGUGAUCAAGCACAAGGGUCUCUAUUUGCCCAAGCUCUGGUGCUACGACGAGCUGGACUUUCUGCAAAAGAUACUGCAGGAGCAGAUCUUCAAUAAGAUAAACAAGAAAAAGGGCGUUGUGGAAUCGUAUCGUCGCACGAAGUUCAUUGAUGCCAGCAGCAUUCGUUUCGAAUUGCAGGAGGAUCAGCUGCAGUUCGUGGAGAUCUAUCGCAACUAUCCAGCCUUAUGGGAUGUAGAUCAUCCUGACUUCCGCUCCAAUGCAUAUCGCACUCAGGCCUUGGGCCAAAUGCUGGAGGAGCUCAAUACCACGUUUCAGUGCGCCUACACAACAGCCGAGCUGGAGAAGACGCUGUUCGAGUUGCGUAAGGAUUUCUCAGCACAGAAACGCAAAAUCCUCACAAAUGUCGCCGGUUGCAGCAGUAUUUCCUUGCUGCAUGCGAAACUUGGGCAGUUUCUUGAGCCGAAUCUGGGUCCCUUUCGCUGCGAUGUGUGCAGCGAGCUAGUGAAGACCUGCGAUCAAUACAAAGUGCAUCGGGCGGCGCACGAUGGCACACAGCCCUUCAUUUGCACGCUGUGCGGCAAGGGCUUUCAAAUGCCCUGUAAUCUGACGGUGCACAUUAGGCGGCACAGACACGACUUUCCCUAUGCCUGCGAGCAGUGCGACAAGCGCUUUGCCACCUCCACCGAGGUGGCCAUACACAUGCGGACGCACACGGGCGAACGACCCUACAUCUGUGAUCUGUGCGGCAAGUCCUUUAAGACGUGGUCGUUCUUCGACAUACAUCGACGCACGCAUCUCAAUCAGUCGUCGUUCCAUUGUCCCAUCUGCGACAAGGGCUUCUAUGAGAAGAACCGUUUCACCGAUCACAUGAACGCCCAUCUGAAUAUACGCAAGCAUUUGUGCACCGUCUGCGGCAAGACCUUUACCACAUAUGGCAACCUCAAGAAGCACACCGAACUCCAUCUGGCCGUGAAGAAGUACAAGUGUGGAGCUUGUGGCAAGCGCUUCGCACAGUUCGCCAGUUUGCGCUGGCACAGAAAACGUGAGCACACUUCAGAGCAACAGCAGGAGGAAGAGCAGCAGCAGCAGCAGCAGCUGGAGGAGGUGGAAGUGGAAGUCGAGGAGCAGCCAAGACAAGACACUCCAGCAGCCAUCUAAUCUAUGUAUUUACGCAGCCAUUACAGGCAGUCAGUCAGUUUAAUUUGGCAUGUACUUAGAGAGAUACUCACUACUCACUAGAGAACUCGUGUACUUAUCAUAUCGUCUAAAUACCACCAAGUGAUCUGCCUAGUCUACAUAAGCCUGGCUAAAAGCUAACUUAAAUUAUACAAAAUAUCACAAACAAUAGUUGAUAGAUCUUUUAAGAAAACGAUCUCAGCUUAGUUAUAACAAUACAUAAUCUUGAUAUUUAAG